CCCCCAUUUCAAAAAUCACGCGCAGCUUGGCGUCUCCCUCCCCCCCGCCCGCUCCCGUCCGCCGCUCCGCCCCCGAAACCCUAGGGCCCAGAUCCCUCCUCCCCCGCGCCGCGCUCCCAUGGACCCCGCGGGCCCGCGCUCGGCCCUCCCGGAUCCCGCCGGAUCGGGCGCGCCGCCGACGACGACGACGCCAGAGGAAUUGCACGCGAGGGCGGCCGGGAGCGGCGGCGGCGGCGCUGCGGAGGCCUGCGGCUCGGCUCCGGUGGCCCAAUUGGGAGAUCCGAGGGUUGGGAUUUUGGAAUCUUCAGAGCAAUCGCAGGGGUGUGUACAUCCAUGUAAUAAGAAGGAUGUAGCUCAAUUUUCUGCUGAAGGCGCCACAAAAUGUGAAUAUGGGGUCCCUUCAUUGCCUCGGACUGGUGCACUUCUGCAGUUAGAACCUGCUUGCCUGACCCUGGGCCGUGCUUCGGAUGCAGUGUUGGCGGAAAGUUUGCAUGAUGCCAAUCCUUUGGCACGUGGCAAAGAGAAUAUCCGGACAGAUUUGCAGCCUAAGUGUGAUGCAAAACACGGUGAAAAUAGGAUGAGCGAUGCACCCCUUGGGUUGGAUCUUAAUAGAGUGGGUUCCUCUGAUGCGGCAGAGGUCAAUCCGUUCUUUCCUUACAAGAAGCUGGGUCAGUCAAAAGUUAGUGAUCCAUCAGAAUGUGGUAGUACAACUGGUGCUACAGGAGAAAGUGAGUCACAUAGAAAGUGGAGAGAAAUGAAGCAGAAUGGGUUCCUUUCUUCAACCCAUGGAACUGCAGUGGCGCCUAAGCCACGUGGUCGACCGCCCAAGCGGAAAAGGGAUGAUGAGCUCAAGAGGAACACCUCUACCCAGAAUGAACAGAUUAAGUUCACGAAGGUUGCUGCUCCUAGUGGCCUAUUAUCUGGGCUGAAUCCAGGAAUAAUAAAUCAUGUGAGAAAUAGCAAACAAGUAUACUCCAUAAUAAAGGCAAUGGUACGCUCUGAGGAGCUUGAGAACACAAACCAGCCUGGUCUUGCUGGCCAAACAGGUGAAAGAGGUAAAGAAGUUAUAGAUAGAAUUCAGGACCAAAAGUAUGGGGAUAGUUUGAUGAAAUGCCAUCUCAUGAUGGAAGGUAAUAAUGCAAUGUUUCACCACGGGCUGCCUACCGCAUCCAAAUUCCUUGCAGAGGAUGGCGACAAUCUGAAGUUACAACUCUCAUCAACAGUCACUAUGGCUUCCGAUAGGACAUGUAGUACAUUAGAUCAUGAAUCUCAACAUGAUUACAUGACUGUGCUAUCAGUAAAGGCUGCCAGUGUUGCCUCUCAGUGGCUGGAGCUUCUGCAGCAGGACAUACGAGGGCGGCUUGCUGCUUUGAAGCGCAGUAGGAAGAGAGUCAGGAAUGCUCUUCAAACUGAACUGCCGCACCUGAUAUCAACAGAAUUCUCAUCUAGUCAAGAGAACGAACCAUCCAUUGCACAUUCUUCUGAAGCUGGGCCCACUGGAAAAACAGUUUCAGAAGAACAUGUUGCACGGUGGAGGUCUCUAUUCCUUCAGAUGGAAAGAACACUGCAGGAGGAAGGGAGGCACUUGGAAAUUCGGUUGAAGGAAGUGCAAGGAAUGUUGCAGAAUUGUGAUAAAGGCCUAAAACAAGUGACUUGUGAGGCUCCACUGCUAGGCCCAAUGGCUGAAUUAUGGAAGCUGAAGAACCCGGAGAUCUCUGAGAGUGAGUGGGCAGUGCAAGCUGCUGCGGCGUCCAUCUACUCAACAUGCAACCUGGUCAUGAAGACCGAGAACGUCUCGUGCUUCUGAUCUUCUUACACAUUCGGAUCUUCUGAUUGGUUAGGUUCUGUUUCUUACCCAUAUAGCCUAGACAGUUCCUGUGUGUGUGUGGAGUAAAGUUGUGGUUUGUGCUGCUCCUUUGUAACGUGAUGAAACAAGCACCUGUAGUCUCUGAGUGAGUGAGUGUCUGUCUGUUGCCAACUUACAAUUUUUUUUUCACAGCCGUCUUAAAUAACAAGCUUGUUCGAGCAAUUUUUUCA